AUGUCGUGGAAUCCUCCAGGUGCACCUUCGCAAUAUAAUCAGCCAAGACCAAACAUUUAUGGAAUUUCUCAGCCACCACAAAGGCCUGGUUAUCAAGCUACUCCGUAUGCUUCACGGCCGGCUCAAAACCAGCCUUUCGUACCUGGACAAACCCCUCCCCCUUUUGCACCUCCAUCCAUGUCAAUGUGGACAGAACAUACUUCACCUGACGGACGUAAAUAUUAUUUCAAUACAAUUUCUAAGCAAAGCAGUUGGGACAAACCUGAGGAAUUGAAAACUGCUGAAGAACGAGCAUUAGGGUCCUGUUCUUGGAAAGAAUUUACAGCGGAAGGCGGUCGUAAAUAUUACUAUAAUUCUAUUACAAAAGAGUCUAAAUGGGAAAUUCCAGCCGAAUAUAAAGAUUUUCUCGAUAAAUUGGAAAUAGAAAAGAAUCAAUCUUUGCACAUCGAAACUUCGAAUCAAUCAAAUGGAUCAAUUGUUUCACCAAAUCAACAAGAUAUGGAACGUGCAAGACAACUAAGUGUUCCUUCUGUUAGUCCUGUUAAUGUUACUCCUGUAAAUGUACCUAUAAAAUCUAUGGGGGUAGCUGCUCCUGUAGUCGGAUCAAAUAUACCCAUGUCAAUUCAGCAACCUGAACCUCAAAAGGUUGAGUUUGACACAAAAGAGGAAGCCGAAGCAGCUUUUCGAGAAUUGCUUAAAGAAUCUGGUGUUAAAGCAGAUUGGACUUGGGAACAAACUAUGCGAGCAAUAAUAGCGAAUCCUAUGUACCGGGCACUUAAAACAUUAGCAGAACGGAAACAAGCUUUUCAUGAUUAUUCAGAUGAUCUUCGUAAGAAAGAAGAAGAAGAAAAAAGAGCGAAAGCAAUUAAGAUUCGUCAAGAUUUUGUUUCUCUACUUGAAUCGCAUCCGGAAAUCAACUCUUCAACUCGUUAUCGAAAAGUUUGUGAUAUUUUGAGUGAAGAGCCGGCUCUUAAAGCUAUAGAGGAUGAGAGAUUGCGCGAAGAAAUUUUUAGUGAGUACGUGUAUGACCUUCGUAAACAAGAAAAGGAAAUACAAAGAGCUAUCCGUAAAGAGAAUAUGGAGAAAUUCAAUCAACUCUUAAGAUCGCUUCCAAAUAUUACGGAAGCCACACGGUGGGCGGAUGCUCAACAGAUAUAUAUGAAUACUCCAGAAUACCAACAGGAUAAAACUCUUCGAGAAAUGGACAUGUUAGAUUUUUUAGCCGUGUAUGAGGAGCACAUCAAAUCGUUAGAACGUGAAACCGCUGAAAAGAAAAAACGAGACCUUGAAGAGCAAACUAGGCAACAACGAAGAAAUAGGGAUGCGUAUAGGGCUUUGAUGGAUGAAUUACGGGAGAAACAUGUGAUAUCCGCUAAAUCAAAAUGGAAAGAAACAUAUCCAUUAAUUCACACAGAUGGGCGGUAUCAGAAUAUGCUUGGACAGCCCGGGUCAAAUCCUCUUGAAUUGUUUUGGGACGUAGUCGAGGAACUUGACGAGCUUUUAUAUCAACAACGUAAAAUUGUUGUCGAAAUUAUGAAGGCAAAGGAAAUCACUAUAAACACCGGAAUGACUUUCGAACUAUUUCAAGCCGCAUGUUGUUCUGAUGAACGUGUUUCCUCAGUUGACGAAAAUAAUCUAAAGAUAAUUUUUGAACAGCUGCAACGAAAACAAGAAAGAAGGCAACGUAGAAAGUUAGAUGCGUUUAAAGCAAUUCUCAGGCAUUUUGAGGCAAUGAUUUCUCCGGACACUACUUGGGAGCAGGUACGACCAAUUCUCGAGAAAACUGAAGAAUUUCAAGCAAUAGAAUCCGAGGAACAACGUUUGGAAGUCUUUAAUAAAUUUAUUGACAGAGUUAGAGAAAAAAUUCUCAAAAAGGGGGAUGAUAGUGAAGAAGAGGAAGGAACACUUAGAGAUGAUGAUAUCGAAGAAGAUCGACACGUAACUAGCGAUCGUAAAAAAAAGCACAAGAGUAGUCAUCGAUCCUCUCAUCACCGAAGAUCUCAUCAUUAUUCUGAUUAUUCAGCUGAAAGUGGAGAUUGUUCGGAUAAAGAAAAGGAAAGUGGUGAUAAACGUAAACGUCGAAAGAAGACUAAGACAGAAGCAAGAUAUGCAGAAUCUAGGUACCAAGAAUAUAAUAGAUAUAAUGAACAAAAGCAUAGUGAUUAUAUAUCUCGUUCUUCAAGGUCCCCUAGAGCUCAUGAUUAUAAAAAUCAUUCACCUAAGCAAGAAACCUUUUAUAAAAAUAUGUCACCUAAACCAGAAGUGCUAUUAAAAUCUCAAUCACCCAAAAAUGAUGAAACCCAAAUAGAAGUCAUCAAACAUGAUGAUUCAAGCGCGGAAGAAGGCGACAAAUUCAUGAAGGAUGAAGCUUUGGCAUUGGAUUAA